GAUUACACACACACUUCAUUUACUCUCAGCAUGUUUCAGCAAAGAAACAAGAGAAACAUGGCAAACGCCAAAGUCAAAGACACCAAGAGAAAACCAGAAGAUUGUAAGACGCCUGCUGUGAAACAGGCUCGAUACUGCAGGGGUAAACUGGGUCAAAAACUGUUUGUGGAAACGCCGUAUUUCGACCUGUCCGACCCCAACAUGCACGUGACGGAUACAAAAUACAACAACCUUCACGAUCCUCACCUGAGGAAGUUCUUUGAUCGGCAGAGGAGAAAGAAACUCGUCAAUCACGGCCUGAUCACCAAAGAUAAUAAAGUGCUGUGUUCCCUGAAGGAGUUCAACCAGCACCAGAGAUACAGAGAAACAACGAUGCACAACUGGGAGAAGAACUUCCUCCAGGAACAGAAGCUGCAGAUGAAACAAUUCAUGGAGCAAAAAAUGACCGAAGGAGCUUUAGAGACUCCAAGUGAAGAGAUGAAGGUCCUGCUGAUGGACAAGGCGAGGAUCAGCUUCAGGAAGGUGUGCCGUAAAUUUUCUUCUGCUGAUGAAGUGGCAUGGGUGAAGAAGUACAAACUCCAGCUGGAGAAGAUGGAGAAGGAAGUGAUGAGAGAGCUCAGACUGGAACGUAGAUUUAAAAUGGAUGAGAAGCAGGAGAAGAAAGCAAACAUGAUGGAAGCCUCGGUGAAGAGAUCAGGUUCUCCAGUAUUCACAGCAGCCCCAUCAUCAUCUGAUGAGGUUCAGAUCAUAAACUUGGCCGAUCUUGAGGUUUCGUCCAGCGUGUCACCGUCACCUUCCUCAGAACGAGACGAGACGUCGGUGAUGGACAUGAUGGACCAGGAAACGUCUGAAGAACGAAGUUCAGCUUCAACAUCCUCCGAGACUUCAAGCUUACCCUCAGAUGAACCAGCGGUGAGCGGGGUAAGUGAGGAGUCUGUUUUUUCAGAUGUAGACCGGGCAGCAGGUCACUCGCUACAAGUACUCGCUACGAUACUUGAGGAGUCUAGUGAAGGGGAAGCUGAAGACCUGGAGGAUCUGGACCUCGAGGAUCUGGAGGAUCUGGAUCUGGAGGAUCUGGAGGAUCUGGACCUGGAGGAUCUGGAGGAUCUGGAUCUGGAUCUGGAUCUGGAUCUGGAUCCGGACCUGGAUCUGGACCUGGAGGAUCUGGACCUGGACCUGGAGAGUUUACCAGAGAAACCUAAGGAAGAUCAGACAAAGGUGGAAGGCACUAAAUUAAAGAAGAAGAAGAACCGAAUGAGAGCCUUCUUCCAGAGAGCAUGGAGGGCGAUGAAGCGAACCUUCUGCUCCAAGAAGGUCUUCCCUAUUGGAUAGUUUCUGGAAAGAGAAUAAACGGAGGUGAAGGGAAGGAAGAGGAAAGAAAAGAAACGAUUGAGGGAGUUAAGAAAUGAAGGAAGAAAAGAGAACGACAAAAGAAAGGAGGUUCAGCUGAGAGGAAAUAACAGAAGGAAGAGGAAAGAAAAGAAACGAUUGAGGGAGUUAAGAAAUGAAGGAAGAAAAGAGAACGACAAAAGAAAGGAGGUUCAGCUGAGAGGAAAUAACAGAAGGAAGAGGAAAGAAAAGAAACGAUUGAGGGAGUUAAGAAAUGAAGGAAGAAAAGAGAACGACAAAAGAAAGGAGGUUCAGCUGAGAGGAAAUAACAGAAGGAAGAGGAAAGAAAAGAAACGAUUGAGGGAGUUGACAAUGAGGAAAGAACUGAAGGAAGAAAAGAGAACGACAAAAGAAAGGGAAAGAAAAGAAGAAGGAAGAAAAUAAAGGAAAAAGAAAGAUG